AUGGUGACCAUGCAGUCUCAGUCCGAGAAGCCUAAGAAGGCUCCGCGUAAGCAUGUCACUACGGCUUGCGUCCCGUGUAGAGAAAGUAAAAUCAGGUGCGACGGUACUACUCCACAUUGUCGCAACUGCGAGAGAAAAGGGAAGGAUUGCAGGUACCAGCAUGGCGAUGACAAGCGGAAAGUCUCGCUUCGUGCUGCUACGGAGCUUUUUUCCGCCAGAAUUGACCAGCUUUGUCAGUUCAUCUAUGACCAUGGGCUGGAGCCACCCCCAAUGAAGCCAGAAGAUGAGGCGGGUAUGAAUCGGGUUCUGGAUACACUUCAGAUUCCUCGCGCAGUUGUGAAGAAGAGCAGUCCUGGGAAGGUUGAUGCGCCAAAUGUGCAGACCAGACCGGCGGCUCAGCAAUCUCCCGAGCGAAACUCGCCUGAUGUUCCAUCUCUAGAGGGGCAGUCCGUAAAGGACGGUGCCCUUGAAGCGGCUCUCAGUCUCAUUCCUUCGCCCCCUCAGAUGUCAUCGGCUGAGAGAAGCCAAGAUCCAGUCAACUUCUUCGGCGUCAAUCCGGGCCCGUCCACCAACUAUCCUUCCACGCACUGGGGUUUUACCCUUCCAACGGCGGAGAGCCUAGGGUCCAUCUACGCUAACUUGGACGGUGCGUCCAAUUACCAGAACGAGGGCAGCAUCAGCAGUCCCGACAGCUUGCCUUUACCUCCAGACUUUACUCAACAGCCGGGUGUCAUGUUGGGCCAGGCCCAGAAUGACACUGAUGAUGAUUCGGAAAGUGGCGAAGAGGACGAAGCUGAAAACGAUGUCAUUGAACAGCUAUCCCAUCGCAUUGGGACGUUGAAGAUCGCUGGGGAUGGCCACCUGCGGUUUUACGGAGCCACGUCGAAUCUCAACCUGGUUGACGUCUCGGCGACCCAACAACGCCAGCGACCUGAUGCUCGUACUGUCCGCCAUGAUGGACAGGACAUUCUGAAUCAUCUGCGGGUCGGACAGCCUGUGGACCAGGCUCUCGAGGAUCAUCUUGUCGAGCUUUAUUUUACCUGGCAGAAUCCUAGCACCUAUGUUGUGGACAAAGAGAUGUUUAUGACGGCGAGGUCGAGGUGGAGGAAUGACCUCGACGACACGCCGUUUUAUUCAGAAGUUCUGACAAAUGCCAUGUGUGCCGUCGGCAGUGCGUUCGAAGCACGGUACCACCCUACUUUUAUCACGUUUCCCAAGUCGCUUUCCGAAUUUUUCGCGGAUCGAGCCAAGGCUCUUCUGGAAAUCGAACUAGAUUCUCCCUGUGUCGCCACAGUGCAGGCGCUGGUCAUUUUGAGCUGUCAUGAGGGGGCAUCGAAUCGUGAUGCACGCGGUUGGCUCUAUAGUGGAAUGUCAAUGCGGCUUGCAUUUGACCUUGGAUUACAUCUCGACAUGACUCCGUACGUGGAAAAAGGCGACAUUAGCGCGUUCGAAGCCGAUGUGCGUCGCAUAGCGUUCUGGGGAAGCUAUACCGCGGACCAUUUCUGGGGCUUUUACCUAGGACGGCCUUUCCGCACUAAUGCCGGAGACAUUACUGUCCCCAAGCCCGCGUCGGACCUGGGAGCAGCAAAGGAGAGCAUAUGGUAUCCGUAUGGCCUAGAUACGAAAUCUGUGGUGCUACAGCAUGGGUUGAGGAAUCCAAAUGAGCUGAUCAGCAGACAAUUCGCGGUGCUGUGGGAGAUCAUUCUACCCAUCGGCCAUAUUCUGUACGGUUGCUCCGAUAUUUCUCGACAUGAUCUCCAGAGGCUGUGCUAUAACGUUACUGAGGAUCUUUUCGCGUGGAAGGAAAACCUGCCUUCCAAUUUGAAGAUUGAGCUUGACGAUGAGACUACGCCGAGAUUGCCCCAUCUCUUGAUGUUGCACAUGCAAUACCAUCAGAUAGUCAUCUUCACUCACAGACCAUGGGUCUCGAAAAACUAUAUCCAACCACGCAGCCCGCGCCAGGGUCCUGGCUACCACCAUGCGCGCCGAAUGUGCAUCGAGUCAUCGACAGCCAUCGCGCGAAUUCUCCACAUAUACGAAAAGCAUUAUACCUUCCGCCGGAUGAACAAUCAGGUUGUCGCGAUCAUCUUCAGCGCCGCUCUGAUGCUUCUCUACGUGACCAUCUCGAACACAUUUUCAUCCAGCAAGAACAGCAGCGAGAAUACCAACAGCAACGCGGAGAUGGUGGCGUACCUGAACCUCUGCUUCCGCGCUCUAGACGAACUGGGCCAGUCCUUCGAGAACGCCAAACGAACCCGCGACUUUCUCGUCAGCCUGCAACGCAGAUGGCAGGCCCACCUGCGCCGGUCUGGGUCCGCCAAAAAGCGCCAAGUCAGCAAGUUACUCUCGCAGCAAUCUGCCGGAUCGGCACCCGGACCCUCCACCGAGUCCGAUCCCUCGAGGAAGAAAUCCCGAAUAUCCGCGCCGCGGAACCAUAAUCAAUCCUCCUAUCCUUUCCCGCCAGCACCUUCAUCAAAUAUGCCUUCUACCCACAAUCUCUCUCAGUCGCGGUCCCACUCCAACUCACAGUCUCAACAACCCCUGCACCAGCCCCUGAACCAAUCCCAGUCCCAGCGUUUCGGCGCCUGCCAACCAGGCGACCUAGACUGGAUCCGGGACUCGGACUUCCAACUCCUCGCCGAGAACCUGGGGGAUGGUCGACUGGCGCAGAUGGGGACGGGCAAUCAGUUCGAAGGGGAGAAUGUCUUGCCCAGUCUAUCUGAUAUCGAACCGUGGUGGGACUCGCCCAAUGGACAUAAUUUCGGGGGUUCUUCAUUAUAG